AUCUGUUUUGUUUAUUACAAUUUUUGGACCGUAAAAGUUUAUCUGCAGGGAAAAAAGUGUGUUCACUGUGCUGUUUAAAUAUGAAUCUUGCUGUGUUGUGUGAAAUACAGGCCGAAAACUAGUGCCAAAUAAGAGAAAGUGUGUUUGAAAAAUUUCCACUUUUCAAUGAGAACCUUCAAUCAUCAAUGUGUGAAGAUUCGUCGACGUUGUGACAAGCAAAAUCUUAGAAAAAUCGCGGAUGAGUGGGAUUUUGCUCAGGUAACAAUGUUGUGUAACUGAACAGCAUGGAAAAUAACUAAAAUCGUAGAAGCUUCAUCAAGCUGGAGCUUUUGACAAAUUCAAAUGGAAAAUAUAAAUGCGGUCAUUUUUGUUUCUCUGAUCAGUGAUGAUUCCUGGGAGCAGCCAUUUCUUUUGGUGGCGGAGCGCGUUUCUCCGCGAGUGCUUACAAUAAAUCUGUGUGAGUGAGCGCAAGGCAAACUCGAAAAAAUAAGAAAAACGCGAGUGCAGGAAGAUUGUUCGUUUCUGAUCAUAAAGCUAUACAUAUACACAUACAAGUCGAGAAGUUGUUCUGUGGAUAACGAAAAUAAAAAUAACUGAAGAACCGAAGAAAAGCGGCUGUGUUUUGGAUUAGCGGAAGUGAGCUCAUAUCUACAAGAUUGUAUAGUGCCAAUCGGAGAGCGAAGGCAGCUGCUUCAAGAAUAACUGGCGGACGUGAGUGGUAGCAAUGAAUGUAUUAAUUGAAUCUUCACCGCUUGGAAGAGCUCGCCCGAAAUAACCAGCCGAUUGAAUUUCAGUCUAUACAAUGCUGUAAUACUUCGUAAAAUAAUUGUCUCAAAAGUUCAGAAAAAUAAGUGUACAAACGUAGUGACAAACAUUCAAUAACACCGUUUGCAAUAUGGCAACUCCAAACUACAAAGAGCUUAAACUACAGUCGCCGGCUGGAGCGGAACCAUUUCUGUAUAACUGGCCUUUCUCUAUCGGUGGUGGACAUGAUAACGGCAUUGAAUUGAUCGAAAAUGUGAGAUGGGUAUGCGAAGAUAUGCCGGAAAUCAAAUCCGCAAUAGAAGAGAUCAAUUUAAAUGACUUGGACACAGGAGAUUAUGAUGCAAUGAAAAAUCUCUGCGAUCGGUUCAACAAAGCUAUCGACAGUGUGGCUGCCCUAGAAAAGGGAACGUCUCUCUCGAGUCAAAGGUUUACUUAUCCUUCUCGUGGUCUAUUGCGACAUAUAAUACAACAGGUAUACAAUCAAGCCGUCGUUGAACCAGAGAAACUAAACCAGUACGAACCAUUUUCACCAGAAGUGUACGGUGAAACUUCGUUCGACCUUAUUUGUCAAAUGAUUGAUCAAAUUAAAAUUACUGGAGAUGACGUGUUCGUUGAUCUGGGCUCAGGUGUUGGUCAGGUGGUGCUGCAAAUGGCAGCAUCAACACCAGUUAAAAUUUGCUAUGGCAUAGAAAAAGCUGAUGUACCUUCGCGGUACGCUGAAGGAAUGACCGCUACUUUCAAAUUGUGGAUGCGAUGGUUCGGAAAAAAGUAUGGUGAUUACGAGCUUAUCAAAGGAGAUUUUCUAGCUGACGAACAUCGAGAGAAAAUUACCUCCGCAACUAUUGUUUUCGUGAAUAACUUUGCGUUCGGACCAAAUGUCGAUCAUCAACUAAAAGAACGGUUUGCAGAUCUAAAGGAUGGAGCAAGAAUUGUAUCAUCAAAAAGCUUUUGUCCGCUUAAUUUUCGCAUCACUGAUCGAAAUCUAAGCGAUAUUGGCACAAUAAUGCACGUUAGCGAAAUGUCGCCUCUCAGAGGAUCAGUUUCUUGGACAGGAAAACCAGUUUCUUAUUACUUACAUAUAAUAGACCGCACUAAACUAGAAAGAUAUUUUCAAAGACUAAAAACAAAAGGAGUUGAUAAUGGGGAACAAGCCAGUGGAAGUUCCAAUACCCGUGCUUCCAGGUCAAAAAGAGACGCGAAUCAGAAGUCAACAAUUACAAAUGAUGAAAGCAGUUCAGAUAGUGAUGGUGACACCACUGGACAAACAACGAGAAAAAUUUGGUCUGAUUGGUGCAGCGGUAAAGAAAAAAGCAGUCACUCGGAAGAAGAAAAUAAUAAUUCACCAGUUCUUCGAAAUGGACGCAUACCCACAGCAACAAAGAAACGUAGAAAGAUCACACGUACUAAAACAUCUAAGAAAGAUCCAGCACUGCAAGCAGCGCAGCAGGCAGCAAAGGAAGCCAAGGCAGCGGAAACUAAGAAGCGCGGAAGAGUUAAGAAAGGUAGACAGAGAAGAGUACUCAAAAUCAAUGGACUUGAUCUUCUACAUAGUGAAACUUUGCUGAGCACAUCGGACCAAGCUAUAGGUAAACGACUUCCUCCAGCACCAGGAUGCGUCGAUCAGUUGCUUACGUCACUGGCUGGCGAUAUGCAACAUAAUGAAUUAGACAUCCCUGAUGCACCUUCUGAAACACCGUAUGCAUUACAGAUAUUAUUAGACUUGUAUAAGGCUCAAUUCAUGAAAACGAUUGAAGCUAUGCGGAAACCAGCAUACAAAGACAACAUGCAACUACAAAUUGAGCGGGAACGAGAACGAAAUCAGCGACUGCUCAACCGGGCUGGACAAUUGGAGAAACAAAUUAAGGUUCUCAUUGACGAUAGCGUGGCACUGCUAAAAGCACGCAUGAAUGAACUUGGUAUUAGUACGACAAGUCAAAACGACCUACUGUGCAAAGCCAAGGAGAUUGUUGGGCGGCAUAAGGAAUUGCAAGUAAUGGCAGCUAAACUUCAAAACCAGGUUAAUUCAAUCGAACAAGAGCAAAAGCGCCUAGUUUCGCAACAUGUGCAGAAAAUUUCCGAAAAAUACAUAAAGUCAGAAGAUGUAGAGAUGACACCUAAAACAUCAAAUGAAUUGGUAUUGAAAGAAAUUGCUAACACCCUGUCGCAAAGGAAAAAAUUAUACGCGCAAGUUUCAAGCCUAGAAAGUGAACUCAACGUUGUAGAGAAGCUCGCCGACGAGAGAAAGGCAGCGGUAGCUUUACAGGCAUCUCAGCAAAGAGAUCAGCAACAACAGCAUACUUCGACUCGAGAUCAUCACCACACACGGAAUGAGGAUCAGAGACACUCGGUAACAACACAAUCACAAUCGACCCCCAUCACUGUUCACACAGGCCAGAUAACGUCGUCAAAGCAUAGUUCAGGAUCAUCCCGAUCUCAACGUAAAUCUCGUGAACAUCGAACUAGAUCUCAAGAAUGGCCUGAAAUACCUGAUAUAGGAAAAAUUGAAGAAAACAAUCCCGAGAUUUUAGCUCAAAAAAUACUAGAAACAGGGCGACAAAUCGAGGCAGGCAAACUUCUGGCUAAUAAUAACAGCAAAUAUAAAGAUCGUGAUAGUAAAAACAAUCACCUGCAACAGCCGCAUCAACAGCAAAUAGCCCACCACCAUUCUCACCCACACCAUCCUGGCGAUGCGGCAUUGAUGCCGGCACCUCAAACCCUCAGCAAGUCGCACCGUAGUAAUAGUAGUGUAAAUAAUACUGCCAACUUUAACCUGCCGAAAACGUAUAUACCUGGUGCAAGCGUAACGGGAGAAAUAACGGCAACAACAAUAGCCAGCAGCUCUGUAAAUAUUAAAUCAGAACCACGAUCAAGACUGCAGGAUUCGCAUAAGGUGGUUAACUUUGAAGAUCGCCUGAAGAGUAUUAUCACAUCAGUGUUACAAGGCCCUCCAAAGACCAUUAAUAACAAUACUGCAACGCAGCAAACCAGCUCACUCCAGGUAUCACAUAUGCGAGAAAUUUCGCAAACAUUAUCACAUCAUGGCGAACAUAUAUCUCCUAAUAAAUCAUCGUCUUAUGGAAGAACAGUGUACCUUUCUUCUAAUGUUUUGCCACCGUCAAAUUCAAUGCACAGUGCAGCUCAUGAUAUUUCUAUUCGUGGUGGGAGUGGAAGCAACAACAAUAGCGGAAGCCAACUUAACCUACCUCACUCUGGUAAUGGCUCGUCUAUGGGUCAGCCAGGUCAGUAUCCAACCAUGUUAAAUGUUGUCACUACUACACACCACCUGAAUGCGACCACUACAAUUUCCAACGCUCCCGUAUCACCAUAUAAAGGCGUUGGCCAAAAUACGAAAAUCUCACCGAAUUCCAAGUACUAUCAACAAAAAGGAAUGUCAUCUAAUCACCAUUCUCCAGGAAGCAAUAGUACACAUCAACAAAUUUUGCAGCAACAAGAACGCGAACGCGAGGCUCGUGAAUUUCGACAGACCCAAAUGGCGAUGCACUUUAACCCGGCUCAUACCGUGGUUGUGGAUUCACAAAGUCACCAACUUAUUCGCAGAGGUUCGAGCGAAGGAAAAUUGGAAUUCAAAGCACCGGAACAGUUUCGAUUUGAUCCUCGUAACGUAGUUGACGUUUCAAUGUUGCAAACUCACCAUAAAAACUCAACUAAUACGGCGCUAGAUGGAGAAUAUGCAGGCACAACUGGCAUUAAUUUACGCCAUAUUAGUGCACCGCCCAACCAACAAUUGCUCCAACAACAGCAACAACAACCACUGCAGCUGGGCGGAAACAACUCACGGCCUGGUUCAUCAUCAUCGCAACCAGACUAUACACAAGUAUCGCCGGCCAAAAUGGCUUUAAGGCGGCACCUAUCACAAGAAAAACUAACUCAUCCGAUUCCUGCGGCAUCGACUAGUACAGUGAAAACUAUCGGUGAUCUCGUGAACGGUGAGAUCGAACGAACAUUGGAAAUUUCCAAUCAAUCUAUUAUCAAUGCGGCAGUCAAUAUGAGCACAACUGUCGCACCACAAGGCCACACUGUCAUCAAUACCAAUGUACAACGUCCGGAACGGGUUAGCAUUCGGGUACUGGAGGAAGCUGGUCGCAAUGGCAGCAUUGAAAAAAGCAAGUCUCCUGUACAUCUUCAAGGCCAAAGCAAUCUGGCUACCUUGGCGCAGGUCGCCGCUUACAGUAACAGCAAGACAUCAUUAUCGUCCCGUAUUAGCAAUGCGCCAAUAGACGGGCGCAUGCUUCCUGCUGCUAAUCAACAAUACUCAGGUCCUCCACACUCGUCUGUAGUCUAUCAACAGAGUAGAGUUGAUAAUCCGUCUUACUCGUCGUCGGAACGUACAGGUCCCGAACCCCCUUAUAUGGCUCUGCCAAGAGCAGAUAUAAAACCUUACCUAGAGUCAUACUUUAUUGAUGAGCACAAGCGGCAACAGCAACAACCACCGACGCACAGACAAGAAUCGCCCUCCUUGGGAUCGCAUAGUCUCUCAAUCACGAGCCACCAAUCCAGUGGUAGCAGCAGUCGCCAUAAUGAACUACAUUCACGUAGUCACCAGGUCGGUGUAAUGGAUUCUUCACAUUCUCGCCGAGAAUCUAUACAUUUGAUCGACGAACGAAUGGAAAGAAUGAAUGGAAGUCCUCCCUUAGAAGGAUUGGCAGCUUCGCUUCGAGCUCGGGUAAUUGCAUCCCUUAAAAGCAAAGAAGAAGAUGAAGAGAGACAUCGAAGAGAUCUCAACGCAACAAUACAUGUUCAGGGUCCUAGCGGUGGUAGUUCAGUUGGUAGUGGGAGCAUCCAAUUGGUACAAACCGUACAUUCCAAAUCAGACAAAUAUCCAUCCUCCGGAAUGAAGCGAAGAUCUCCAAUUACUGAGAAUACAUCACGUCCUCCCAAAAUGUUGUACACGGAUUGUUCGGAUUCCAUGCUCAAUCCAGACGUUCUUCAAAUAAGUCAAGGUGGUCCGGUAGGAGUAACACGUGGCAUAGGGCCAUUGAUGAGUCCAGAAAUAAAUUCACUUUCUUCCGAAGAUCGUCAGCAUUUAUUGCGUCAUAAUAGAAAUGACGUUGAUGACGACGUGGGAGACGACGAAUCCAGCUGGCAUGACCGUGUCAGUUCCGGAUUUGACCGAUUGGUAGCAUUCGCGUCAACUGAACUGGACAAAACUCGACGUUCUAACGAAGAUGCACCACCAUUAUCGACGAGUUGCACUACAUCUCCGGAUUCGGGUAUUAAUCAAAGCGACCACAGUCGUACAUUUUUAUCUUCGUCAUCAUCGUCAUCGCAGCUAGACGUUCCACCGAGUAGUGGUAGCUCCGGUAGCAGUACAGGUAGUGGUUUGUCGAAACACGUUGUGCCAAUUAUAAAAUCAUCACCUGCUGAACCGGUUGAGAGCCCUCCAUUGUCUGAUGUCGGUCUACCACGGACGCCUAGCCCUUCAUCAAGUCCCCCUUUAUUGUACCAGUCUUCAGUAGUUGCACCUGCUGCGCACAAUCUUCUUCACGCAGGAAACAAUCUGAAAAUUCCUCUGAAGUAUCAACGACAGUCAAAAAUAUCAUCAGAGAAACAUUAUAAAAAGAAAUUUCGUGAACGUAACUGGGAAGAAUAUGAAGAAAGUCUCGGAGGACGCUUGAGCUCUACUGGUAGCGCAGAGCCACUCGAACAAGAUUAUGCCGAUGGAUUCGGAGCAUCUUCGAAUACAAAUGUUAGCACAGGGCUGCUGUCUGCCAACAAAUUGGACAGCAUGGCUUCAAAUACAUCGGAUAACCUUAUACACCACCAUAAACACAAAUCAGCAAAGUUUCGACCGAAAGGCAAAGACUGGAACUGGGACGAUGAACAUUCGAACACAUCCUCUUCUAGUUCACAUCGACAUAGAUCCGGCCAUACUCCAACGUGAUAGGCUCUGAGGAACUCUUGAGAGCCAAUAUUGAAUGGGUCACCUUUAACAUAGUUUGAUUUAUAAAUCUAUCAAAUAUUUUCCCUAUUUCUACUUUGUUUGCAUAUUAACUAAAUUGAAUAUCAGGUAGUUAAUGUAUAACAGUACAACAUCAAAUUUCUAUUAUGGUUGUGGCAGGUCAUUGCUCAAUGCCGUUAAAAACUAGAUCCCAACAAUUCGAAUGUUAUAUACGCCAGUAGUUUUCGAGUUUCACAUGUAAGACUGAAUUUAAACCAAAAUAGUCGAAUUAUUUCACUUUACGGAUUAGUUGCUUGACAUUUUGAAAAAUCUCUAUUCUACUCUCAAUUAAUCUUCUAUUGCAUUUUCAAUUGAAUUUUUUAAAUUCCAAUUGAAGCAUUGAAUAUUAAUUCUUAUUUGUCAUGCAUUUCUCAAUGCUAUUGUUGUGUAUAAUUAAACAGUAGUGGACAUACUACUUUAAACACAAAAUAUUUCGUAGAUAAUUACCGUGUAGUGAGUAUUUUGCGUUCAUAGUAGGUAGUAAGAUUCAAUAGAAUAUUUUCAGCUUGGUUCAUAUUUGCGCCAGGACUAACAAUGGCACUCAUGGCAUAUUUUUUCUGACUAUUUUGAAAAUUUAAAAUAUUCUAAUGGUAAAACAUGCCACACAAAUCAAUUCUUGAUCUGGCCAAGAUUUUUUUCCAAGAAAUUUUCUCGAUCAGAACUGGCCCACGAUGUACCUAUCGUUGUGUUAUCCCAAGCAGAACGUUAAAAACAAAAAAAAAGACAUCGAAAUUUCCUAAUCUAAAUUCACUAAUUGACUAAAGUACUGAAACAUGCAAUUAUGUAGGCAUAUGUAUUAUACUGCCGCUAUUCGCACAACUGUCACAAUUUCUAUAGAGUUUCCUAUAUAAAUGGGACUGUUAUGCGAAUAGCGGCAGUAUAAGUCUUUAAAAUGCGUCAAAACACCUAUACUAAUAGCAAUUUUUGAUAUACAAUUGUGUUUAGUGUUUUCAAUCUUAACCCAUUAUGAUCCGGCGUAUAAUAUUAAUUGAUAUUAAAUUUCAUACGCUGGGACAUAAUAGAUUAACCUUCUUUGUCCCAUGAUAGCACAGGGGGCCUGUGACUUCCGAUACUGAAAUAAAUCGGUUAAAUUUUUAAAGCUUUGAAAUAUGUCAGAUUUAUGAUUGAAUAUGAUUGAUUUCAGAACGUAAUAGAAACAUUAUUGCAUAAACUGAAAAGUUUUGCUUUACGGAUUGUUUAUUAAUAACUUAUCAGUUGAUCAAAAACUGUAAACAACCCAAAUAGGUACACUUGAGAUUGAGAGGGUGAAGGCAUAUGUAUAUGUCUUUUGUUUAGAUAUUUUAAUAUAUGUAUAUUUCAUUGGUACUACAAUGGCCUGAAUGUCUCAAGCCUGACAUAUUCCAACGUAUCAAAAUAAGCGAAUCUUAAACCUAAUAAAGUUUAUAUGUUUUCGAUUUCCACAUUCAAAGGUAAACUCCUCUUAUACAUGAUAGAAGAGUGUUAUGAAACAUAGGUGAUUUAUAGUACUAUCUCCAGGAUGUGAGAAAACGUAAAGGAAAAGCGGAGCGAAAAUUUUUAUAAGGGAGGGUCAUUGAAGUAACACUUACUAGGUUCGUAGGUCAUACCUUUUAACCAAGCUUGGAUAUCCACGGGUUGGACCAAGCUAUAAUAGAAUUCAAUUAUUACUGAAUUCGAUCCCUACUUUUCCGAUAGGCUUCCGUGACUCAAUGAAAAUAAAGCUAGGCUGAUCGUACAAACGUAUUGGUACCACGCCUGUAUCAUACAGUAAAAGCAAUCGAAGCGCGCGGGAACUACGUCAAAAGGGUUGUUUUUUUAUUAUAGAUUGCGUUGAAAUUUUUCAACCACGUAGUGUUGUUGCCAUGAGCACAUGGUUUGUUGUAUCUGUUUUCUUUACUAAUAUGAUCAAACAUGUCUUUCCUCCUAACCUGUCUAUUUAUUAUCAUUUCAAGGGAUACGGGACGUAAUUAGCAGCUAUUUUUACUGUGGAACUGUAUAUUGAUUCUUAUUUCACCAAAUCUUUGGCAAGUAGCUUGUAAAAUUGGUGACCUAAGAACACUUUACUUUCCAGUUUAUGCCAGGGAUUUGGUUUGCGUGGAGGGCAUGAUGUCCCGUAACGCUGGAAUGUGCCUUAGAGGUUAGUUCAACCCGCGGGUCUCCUAACUUUGUAAAAAGGAACAAACUAUGAAAAUAGUAAAUGUUACUUCAAUGACCCUCCUGCUAUCUAGUUUUCAACUCUGUCACCUUAUCCGUCUUAUUCCGCCUUAAGGAAACUAUAAAACAUAUGUUUAUCAUUACUUUCAUUUGCCAUUUCCUUCUGCUAUUGGAAAGGCUGAAACGAUAGUCUCAGUUAUUCAAAUGUCUGGCUUCAUUAAUAAGUCUUGCUGACUUAACAUAAACAUAAGAUUGAUCUAUUCCAGUAAACUGGGUUUUAUGACGAAACGUCUUCCCUACUCUGAACAGCAAUACUUUAAAACUGUCAAAAUGUACAAUGAAAUAUCGAACGAUCAUUUUAGGCGUAGUAAACGCAAUAACCGUGGUCUGAUGAGCCACUCUUCCAUAGAAACAUGGAAGUUUUUUCGGUACAAAAUGUUUUCUGUAAUCAUAGUGGAUAGGAUUGUAACUUUCACCCAAAUUGGAGAAUUGUGAUACAAAACCUUAAAAUUAUCUUUUACAUUAUCUGGGAAAAAAUUAUCGAUUUGUCUACAGAUACAUGUACCUUAAAAGGCAACUCUUUGAAACCAAGAUAUUACGUGUAUUUCCGUGCAUGAAGAAUGAUGAUGGUAAGAGGCAAACAGACCAACUUUCAUUUCAUAGUCAGUUUAACCAUUACACAUUGAAUUUCACUGGCAAAGCACAAAUUUUUUGAUUUAAUCGUAAAAUACGCUUUUUGCAUUGUUUUAAAAAUAUACGAAUUCGCACAUUUGAAAUGUUUGACGAAUACGCACAUUUGACAAUUGAAACAUGGUAUAUUUUGGCUCAAUGUUUAACAGUAUAUAGAACAAAGUGUGAUCAGAGGCACAUCAAUGUUUGUAAUUGAGCAACAGUUGGUGGGUUUUCAAGUAGUGUCAUUAUAACAAAUUGUCGAAGUCAAAAAAAAGUUUUAGCAAUAACCACAAAAGAUUCGUCCUUUUGACCGACUUCACCAUUUGUUAUUUUUUAGAAUUGAAGCAUUUAGUUCCUCGCUUUUCCACUAGAUCUGACUUGUGACUUGAAAAUUCGUUUUUAUAUUUUGUGGCAGAACGAGAAUAAAAAUGCCAUCAAGAGCUUUUUUCCACUAGGCAUACAAUAAAGGAUUUCCCAUAGGCAUUUGAUGUACCUUUAACAUGGUAACUAUUUGAAAUCCAGAAACAAGCUUAUAUUAUUUCGGUAUUUACACAUUUCCGUUGUCAAAGUAAGUACUUAUACAGAGAUACCUCGAUAUAAGACAAUUUAUAAUUUCUAAAAGUUGUCUUAUAUCGAAAUUGUCUUAUAUCGAAACAUGGUUUUUUCAAAAAAAAUUUGCAUUAGCGGUCGCCAGUUUUGCUCUGUGUUAUAUGUUUACGGUUUUUGAACUAUUUAUUAUUGUUUGAACUAUUAGUUUUUUACUAUUUUUGGGGUUAUUUUGAAAUAAUGAAUAAUGACUUUGCUUAUAACCAACCAUGUCCAAAACACAAGCACGUAUGUAUCAUAGAUUUACAACAAAAAUUCUUGCUUGCUUGGUAUUCUUGCUGGUAUUAUUUUUUAUUUCGUCAAAUAUCAGCUAAAUGAGUAGGGUGACGACGCGCGAAAUUAUUUAACUUCACGGCAGCUGUGUUAUUUUUGAAAACAAAAUUGACUGCGCUAAGGUGUUGUCUGCAUUCGUCCUUACAUAAAGAGUUUUUACAAGAGCAUCUGUUUUGUUGCUUACUUUUAGAUGAUUUAGAUGCAAUACACUGUUAGUACAUCGUGUACCUUGGUAAGCUUCUUUUAACCUGUAUAACCAUUUUAAAUUGAGGAAUAAUUGCAUAUUUUGGCUCAAUGUUUAACAGUAUAUAGAACAAAGUGUGAUCAGAGGCACAUCAAUGUUUGUAAUUGAGCAACAGUUGGUGGGUUUUCAAGUAGUGUCAUUAUAACAAAUUGUCGAAGUCAAAAAAAAGUUUUAGCAAUAACCACAAAAGAUUCGUCCUUUUGACCGACUUCACCAUUUGUUAUUUUUUAGAAUUGAAGCAUUUAGUUCCUCGCUUUUCCACUAGAUCUGACUUGUGACUUGAAAAUUCGUUUUUAUAUUUUGUGGCAGAACGAGAAUAAAAAUGCCAUCAAGAGCUUUUUUCCACUAGGCAUACAAUAAAGGAUUUCCCAUAGGCAUUUGAUGUACCUUUAACAUGGUAACUAUUUGAAAUCCAGAAACAAGCUUAUAUUAUUUCGGUAUUUACACAUUUCCGUUGUCAAAGUAAGUACUUAUACAGAGAUACCUCGAUAUAAGACAAUUUAUAAUUUCUAAAAGUUGUCUUAUAUCGAAAUUGUCUUAUAUCGAAACAUGGUUUUUUCAAAAAAAAUUUGCAUUAGCGGUCGCCAGUUUUGCUCUGUGUUAUAUGUUUACGGUUUUUGAACUAUUUAUUAUUGUUUGAACUAUUAGUUUUUUACUAUUUUUGGGGUUAUUUUGAAAUAAUGAACAUCUUCAUGGCACCGAUUUCAGAAUGGAAAAUCAGCUCUGGUAUCGUUAUCAGCUAUGUCAAAGGGAUUUGUUUCGAUAUAAGACAAAACUGUCUUAUAUCGAAUUGUCUUAUAUCGAGGAUAUUUUAUAACGAGGCUGUCUUAUAUCGUGGUAUACCUGUACACACAAUAUAUUAAACCAGUGCCUCCCAGUUGGCCUCGAGAUACGAUACUGGUCUAGUAAGCCAGUCGUCGUAUGUUCGAAUCUCUGUUAGAGUUUGUUAGAGUCAAUAGGACCGUUGGACCGGCUCCGCAAUUAUACUGUACUCCAACAACAGCUGGCUGCGAAGUCUGUCGAAUAAAAACAGAUGGUCAAGUUUCGAUAACGAAAUGUAGCACAUAGACUUUGCUUAUAACCAACCAUGUCCAAAACACAAGCACGUAUGUAUCAUAGAUUUACAACAAAAAUUCUUGCUUGCUUGGUAUUCUUGCUGGUAUUAUUUUUUAUUUCGUCAAAUAUCAGCUAAAUGAGUAGGGUGACGACGCGCGAAAUUAUUUAACUUCACGGCAGCUGUGUUAUUUUUGAAAACAAAAUUGACUGCGCUAAGGUGUUGUCUGCAUUCGUCCUUACAUAAAGAGUUUUUACAAGAGCAUCUGUUUUGUUGCUUACUUUUAGAUGAUUUAGAUGCAAUACACUGUUAGUACAUCGUGUACCUUGGUAAGCUUCUUUUAACCUGUAUAACCAUUUUAAAUUGAGGAAUAAUUGCUCAGCGAUAAUCGCGUGGUCAAUUACUACAAAUUAUAUAGAUGAUGCGUUCUGACCUGUUGACAUUGGUCGAUGAGUAAUGUUGACCGUUGGCCAAUAUUACAGAUCGGAACGCGAGUUUUAUUUCUGAAUGUUGACUUUAAAAAUUGCUACAUUGCCCAUUCGUACGAUAUGUGCGCAAUAAAAAUGUAACCAUCGCUGAGUUUUCAUUUCCCUGGUUGUGAAAAAAUGUUCGUUCUUCUAUUUUAAGAUGUAUAAGUUUUGGCACAUUCUCAAAAAAUUCAGGUAAAGAUUUUUCCCAGAAAAUGGUCUUUUUACACAAAGUUUGAUAUUAUCAUUUCACUUGUGUUUAACCAGUUUGAGAUUCUUAAAUUUAGGUAACAGAGAUAAAAUAAAUAGUAGUUGAUUUCAUAAAAGCGGUUACAGAAAUCAAGAUUUCUAAGCUUAAUUUUUAAAAUUAAAGAAGUCAUUAUUAUUUGAAGU